AUGGAUCCAGAACCACCACAGUAUCUAACAUCGAUUCUGAACCGUUCAAUACCACACACACCUGGGGAAAAGCGUCCCAAGGUAACUCUCACAUUCGCACAGUCCCUAGAUGCGAAAAUAUCGGGACAGAAUGGUGCACAGCUUAUCCUGAGUGGAAAGGAGAGCAUGAUCAUGACGCAUUGGAUGAGAACGAUGCAUGAUGCUAUCCUGGUGGGAAUAGGGACGGCUGUUAACGAUAACCCGCAGCUGAAUGCCCGCCAUCUUCCACCUAGAAGUCCAUCCUUUGGUCAGGAGUAUUCGUAUAAUCUCCCCCGUCCGAUAAUUCUAGACUCUCAGCUUCGCCUGCCAACGACGUGCAAGCUUUUGGUCAAUUAUAAAAGUGGAAAUGGUAGGCGGCCUUGGGUGCUAUGCGCGCACGAGCCACAGGUCAGCGACGACGUUUGGAAAACGCGCCUUGAGGCCUUACAAGCUGCGGGAGCACGCGUUAUACCUGUUCAAGCUACAGGAGGCCUUCAAGGAUUGCUAUCCGUUCCGUCCCUUUUACAAACACUUCAUGAACUUGGUGUCCAGUCACUUAUGGUGGAAGGAGGCGCUCGAGUUAUUGGAUCUUUCCUUGCCGAACGGGACUCAGUCGAUACAGUAAUAAUAACAAUCGCUGCAAAGUUUGUCGGUAGCCAGGGGGUAGGUUAUGGUGUCGAUAUCGGUCAGGCAUCUCAAUAUGAACAUCUUGAAAGUCAAGCUGUUGGACGCGACACCGUCAUUGCACUGAGUGCCAAAAGUACUUAG